UUAAACUUUUCAAACUGUUGUGCCGGCUUGACUACAUCGCCGCCUCUUGUUUUUAUUUGGUUUUUGGCAAAUUAAAACGAUGCCAAGAUACGCUUACAAAUGUUGUGUGGUUGGGUGUUUUUCAACAGGCACAUCAUCACAUCGUUUUCCAAAUCCAAAAAAAAAUAAAGAGUCUUUUGAUAAAUGGGUAGAAAUUGUUGGUGGAGAUUUGAGAUCUCUCGAUCCAUCAAUAGUCUAUGAGAAAAAACGGAUCUGUUCGAGUCAUUUUCUAGACAAUGAUAUAAGUCCAGGGACCAAAAAAUUGAAAUGUUUGGUUGUCCCUUCUUUACAUUUAUCUGUUCCUAUUGUUGAUAGUUUUAAGACACUGUCCACUUCUUGUAGUGAUCGACCACAGUACAAAUCAUCUGUUCCUAUUGUUGAUAGUUUUAAGACACCGUCCACUUCUUGUAGUGAUCGACCACAGUACAAAUCAUCUGUUUCUAUUGUUGAUACUUUUAAAACACCGUCUACUUCUUGUAGUAUAGAAGACACUGAUUUAGAAGAAAUUUCAAUAUUUUAUGAGGAUUCAGUUAUUCAACUUACUUGUACAUCAGACAAAGUAAUAAAUGCAUUUGACCUAGGCUCAACUUGUUUACCAUCAUCUACACCAUCACAUCUCAACAGAGAACUUGUUGAAUGUGAAUCCUCAGAAGAAUCUGAGUUGGAAGGAAUUUCCAAGCUAGACGAUGACUCGUUUCUUCAAUGGGUAUUGACUAACAUUGGUGUAAGAAAAAUGAGCCAGUUAACACCAAAAUGCAAGUCACUAUACAGAGGAAGUGUAUUGCUGAGUAGACGUUUGCGAUGGGAACAAAAGAAAUCAUUCACCUUCAAAAGUCGUUUGUCAGCAGCUGAGAAAUUUUCUGAAGGGUUUUUAAAUUCAAAAGCCAGUGCAAAAUCAUAUCGAACAUUAGCAAAACUAUUCACUCUACCUGGCAGAAAAACUUUGACGAAUUUACUAUCCAAAAUCCCAGUAAAUCCAGGAAUUGAUCAAACAUUGAUGAAAGUUUUGAAAACCAAUGUCGUCAAGUUAAGUGCUAGGCAAAAACUCUGUACAAUUUUAUUCGAUGAGGUCAGUCUGGACCCAAAUUUAACUUAUGAUCAUAAUACCGGCAUGAUAACUGGUUUUGAAGACAAUGGUAUAGGAAGGACCCAACAUUUUGCUGACCACAGCUUGGUAUUCAUGAUUCGUGGCGUGGUUAAAAAAUAUAAGCAACCCAUAUCUUAUACUUUUUGCAAGGGCACCACCAGUAGCCACGAUUUGUCAAACCAAAUAAAAAAUGUGAUUCAAGCAGUGCACGAAACAGGGUUGCAUGUUGUUGCAUCUGUUUGCGAUCAAGGAGCCACAAACAAAGGUGCCAUUAAUAUGCUGCAUCGUGACACUAGAGCGGAGGCACUAAGAAAUAAUAUUCAAUUUAAAGAAGAGUUUUACAAUGUUCAAUGUGGGGCAGAUAUAUUGAAUGUUGUACAUAUCUAUGAUCCACCUCAUCUACUGAAAGGAGUGCGUAACAACAUUCUCAAUAAAAAUGUUUUAUUCACCAUGGACGGACAACAAAUGGAGGCCAGCUGGAGUGACAUUACCGAACUAUAUGAAUUGGACUGCAAGAUCGAGGAUGUGAGAAUGCUACCAAGGCUGACAGCCGAACAUAUAAUUCCUAAUAAAAUUAAAAAAAUGAAAGUCAAAUGUGCUGUGCAGGUUUUAUCCGAAAGAGUUGCAUCCAUAAUGUCAUUUUUAGCUUCAAAAAAAAUUUUAAAAGAAAAGGCGAAAGACACUGCAAAAUUCUGCCAGUUUUUUGACAAAUUAUUUGAUUCAGUAAACGGGAGCUAUGACAAGGUAGUAGAUGGAAAAAUAUAUCGCACCGGCCUGAAAAGGUACUCUCCACACCAUGAGUUAUGGGAAGUGUCGCUCAAAGUGUUGCAGUCAAUGUAUUUCAUAGAUCCUGUCAGUAAAAAAAAGACAGUUCCUCAACCUCCAACAAUUAAGAAUUGGAUAAAAACUAUUAAAGGAUUUCAAGAGGUAUUUAAGUUAUUGAACAAGAUGGGUAUAAAAUCAAUUCUCUUAAGAAACUUUAACCAAGAUUCACUAGAGAAUUUUUUCGGAGCAUUGCGUGCCCUGGGCUACAGAAACACCAAUCCGACUUGUUACCAAUUCAUUUCCUCAUACAGAACUCUGCUUCUCAACAACUUAAUGUCUUCACAUUCUCCUGGGAGCAAUUGUGAAGAAGACUUCAGCGACGGUUGCUUAACAUCGUAUAAGACAUUGUUUGAAACGUUUGAAGACAACUUGCCAGAACAAUGUGAUGAACCUGAACCUAGAGUUUCGGAUGGUACUCCAAAACAAAUAACAAAUUUUAGUUCAGAAAUCUUACAAGAUUUACAGUUCCAGACUCACAACUAUAUAGCUGGGUUUGUAAUUAAAAAAUUAAAUAGUAUUUUAUUUAAAAACUGCACAGUUUGCUUAAAUCAAGUGUGUUCCUUAACAACAGCUAAGGGACAUCAACUAACUGUUGCCAGAGAUUACAAUCCAAAUGGUAAACUUUUAUUAAAGUACCCUAACAAAAUUUUUUGUUCUUUAGUAAAAAAAUCAAUUGACUUGAUUGCUCAGUUUUUGCCCUCAAUUUGUCAUCAUAAAACAUUAAAAAAUGAAUUAUCAAAAAUAUUGACACACCAAAUUAAUGUUAAUGUGAUAAAUUGUGAAGAGCAUGGUCAAUUGUUUCCUAAACAGUUUUUCGAUUUUGUAAUUAAAUUAAUGGUCCACAAUUGGUGCACUCAAAUCAAUAGAAUUUUGUCUGGAAAACUGGGCAUUGGUAAAAAUGAAAGGGACCAAAUAAAAGUGAAUGCCUUUCAUCGUUACCAAACUUUUUGUAAAAAGUCUAAAUACAAAUAAUUUUAUUUUGUUACUCAUAUUUUUAGUAUUGUGAAUAUAACAUAUUAUAUUCUUACGUACCUUACUAUUGUACUUUUAAUUUUAAAUUUUAUCAAUUAUAUUAUUAAUAUUGACUAUGUGUAUAACCUCAUGUGAAUUUUUGGUGACGUUGAAAACAUGCAAGACUACAUUUUUAUUAUUUAUUAUAGUAUUUAAGUUGAAUUAAUAUUAUAAUGUUAUAAUUUUUUAUUCGUUGCUACAGUGAUAUAUUAUGUCAUAA